ACUCUCACGCCUUUCAGUUCAAUACGACGCCAGAUCGCCAGUGCGAUCCAAUGUACCAAACUGCUAUUAAUUUUGUGAAAAAUUGAUACCCAGAGUUAGGAAAGUGGUUAACCGUAAUCGAAGUCGCGUGUUUUUUUAUGUAGUGAACAAUCUGCAUGCUCAAGUUUAGUUUCGCGACAUUGAAAAGCGUGUGAGUGAGUGAUCUCGUUCGGCAAGGAAUCAUCGAGAACGCGAUCAAUUUCAGGCAGUGGCUGUACGAACCAAUUUCGAAUCCAACAUCAACUUCCACCAGCCAUCCAGGUGCGCUGUUCAGAUACAAAUCUGCGUGCGGAAAAAACACAACAAACCGGCUUCACACAUUGUCACACAACGCCUGGUCUCCUCCGCCUAACAUCCCAUCGAGGCGAAAUUUUUACAAGCAACUAGAACAAACCGCGACCAGAGAAAAAAAAAUCCUCGCCCGCAAAACAACCAGAGACCGAACAGCAACGUCGCACAGCCUGAAAAAUGAUGACAUCCUGUACGCCUUUCAACAAGCACAUCUUCAUCAAUGGGGGACCGCCAAGCGAGACGACCGGCAGCGAAAUCUCGUCGGUCGAAAGCGACUGGGGUGAUCUGCGAUUGAUUGCGGCCCAGCUGGGUGUGGCCAACCCGGACGAUCUGCAUGUCGAGCGGUUCAAGGUGGACCGUCAGAAACUUGAGGAUAUGAUCAAAGUCGAAACGUAUUCAGAAGGAAUGAAUAGCGCCGAGGAAUUCUUCACAAAUAUCAUGAAGGAAACCACCACGUACGUUAGUUGGCCGUGCCGCCUGAAAAUUGGCGCCAAAACGAAAAAGGAUCCACACAUCCGGAUUGUGGGCAAAAUGGCCGAUGUGUUGAAGGCGAAGGACAAAGUGAUGGCACGUCUGGACUCACGGGGAAGCCGCGUUAUUAUGAAAAUGGACGUCUCGUACACUGAUCACUCGUUCAUUAUCGGCCGCGGGGGAAACAACAUCAAGCGCAUCAUGGAGGAAACGGCAACCCAUAUCCACUUUCCGGACUCGAACCGGUCGAAUCCGACGGAGAAGAGCAACCAGGUGUCGCUGUGCGGUAGUCUAGAGGGCGUCGAGAGGGCACGUGCGCUGGUUCGCAUCUCGACCCCGCUGUUGAUCUCGUUCGAAUUGCCUAUCCUUGCUCCCGGGAAGACACCGCCGGACAAUGAAACCCCCUACGUGAAAGAAGUGGAAAAGGAGUACGGCGUGCAGGUUAUUUUCUCCACCCGGCCCAAACUACAUUCCUCACUGGUGCUGGUCAAGGGAUCCGAAAAGGAGGAGCUGAAGGUGAAGGAAGCCACCCGUCGUCUGAUGGAUCUGAUGUGCGAAAACAUUGCGAGCCAGAUACCGGUGCAAAUGCAGCUGGAAAUAUCCACCCAACAUCAUCCGAUUGUGCUUGGUCGGGCAUCAAGCAAUUUGCGGGAAAUUAUGAGCAGAACCGGAACACAGAUAAUGUUUCCAGAUGCGAACGAUGUGAACAUAAAACCAAUCAAGCGCUCCCAGGUGACCAUUACCGGUUCAAUAAACGGCGUCUACCUGGCAAGACAGCAAUUAAUAGGCAGCCUCCCGAUUGCUUUGAUAUUCGACUACCCAGAGAAUACUGUGGAUUCGGAAGAGAUCACCAAACUGAUGUUUUCGCACGAUGUCUUCAUUUCGGUUCGUCAAAAGUCCCGUCAAAGCACCCUCUGCAUUGUCAUCAAAGGAAUCGAGAAGUUUAUUUCCAACAUCUACGAGGCCCGGUACAACCUGCUCAAAUGUACUGGCCCGGCAGUUGUGGCGGACGUGCCUCAGUCCUAUCUGGGACCCAACGAGCAGGCAAAGAAUUCCCAAAAUGUGUCCCAAAUGCUGGCCGGUCCAACUCCACAACCGUUUUCGCCACUAUCACCGAUCAACCCGAUGCCAUUUGCUACUAAUGCAUGGCCAUCACCUACGCCCGCAACGGAAUUUGCGCUCAAUCAGAUGCGAAACCAGUUUCAAAACUUCAAUCUGGGACCAACGAAAAUGCACCAUCCUCUCACGGUCCCUCCGGGUUUGGGAAACUACAACGGCGCUGGAAAGCCACCACUUCAUCCGGGUAUGAAUUUCUCUCAAGGCCAAACACUUUUGCAAGUGCCUGGAGCGCAGCAUCAUCAUUUACCGUUAAGCAAUCGCAGCUCCAACAGUAGCAGCAGCAACAAUGGAAACUGUCAAAAUACCAGCAAUAGUAGCGUCAGCGGUGACCACUCAAGCGGUUAUCAUAGUUUGAACUGUAGCAACAGUUCUCUGGAUCAGCAGCUGCAAGUUGGCAACACUUCCAUUCCUGGCUCUUCCGGGUCAACUUCUACAUCACUUAUCAAUAGUUCGCCGGACAACGGCGGUAUCGGUGGAUCAGCAUUGAACCGAUGUCGCCACACGAGCUAUAGUGACAGCCCCCAGUUCCAGACGGAUUAUGUCGACCAGCGGACGCCGAUGCCCUACGAGCAGAAGAGCACACUCAACGAUUCCUUCGUGUUCAACUUUGACCCACGCGUCGUUGCCGGCUACAAGGCGAUGCACCUUCCACCCCAGCACGGAGAGCUGCGCACUCCGACCCCAUCCUGGCAAGGGCUGGGCCUAAGCCAGACGUCACCGGUUCCACUGGAAGCCUGCGAUUUGAGCUGGGCCAACAGCAGCAGUGGAAGCAGCAGCGGAGGCGGUGGUAGUGUAGCUGCCGGGAGCGAUUCACGCCUAAACAUGACUACCACGAUGAUCGAGGUCACUCCGAUGCGUCAACGUGAGCAGCUAUCGCAGUACAAUGACGUUACCUCCAUACUGACCAACCUGGGACUGGAUCAUUAUAUCAAAAACUUCAUCAAUGGUGAAAUUGACAUGACCGUUUUUCAAACGCUAACCGACCAGGACCUGUUGAAUUUGGACAUCAAACCUCUAGGUGCCCGCCGCAAAAUUCUAAUGGCAAUUCACGACCUGUACACUCGUCACCACGGAAACCCAUUCGCAAACAUGUCACCGGCGUCGUCGUCAUCGUCAAUGUCUCGAUUUUCUGGAUCAGCUGCACCCGGAGCUGAGCGUCGUACUUCAAGCGGUCAGUAGAUGUGAUAAGACUUAGGGUGGUUGAAAAAUCUAGAGGAAAGUAUCCGAGGCGUGUAUUCGAUCGUACAUAGAAAUGAGAAAAAAAGCAUGCUAUCUCUAAAAAACGAUAAUAACCCUCGGCAGAACGGCGGUGCAUGCUAUAUUAACGAGAAAACAAUUAAUUUAAUUUGGUUUUAAUUAUUCGCCUUUUCGCGAUUAUUCGCUCACUCAGAUUCUGCGUAUUUCAUCGCCUAAGAAACUAAUUAAUUAUUGAUUUUACGAGAUGCACCCGCAGAUAAUUCAAUGUGAGCGAAAUUGUGUUUAUUCUCGCUUUGCAGCCGCGAGUAGAAGAAAAGCACAGCUGAAUAUCGAACCUAUCUUCUCGUGCACUAUUGCAUUGUUAUUCUUUAGUAGCUGCACAGCGAUCCAGAAGAUAUUCAGCCUGGAAAGGGAACAAACCCAAAAUAAUUUUAAUUAAAUGUAACAUUGCCACCCGCCAUUCUGUAACUUUUGCAAUCUGGUGAGUUUCCGCUUCAUUCGUCUACCACCGCUGACCGCAUCGACAGUUUGACAUUGCCGCCCUCAUCUGCAUCAUAUUUAUUUCAUUUGAUGCCCCUGAGCAUUUGCCACAUUCAAUUAAUACUCAUCACACUUUUCAAAUUGCAUGCGAUUCACACACUUUUUAAAUAUUCUGGUUAAAAUAGUAGCAUUUUUCAUUUUACCGAAGCUUGAGCCACGGAAACGUUCUGCCGCGGUAAUUAAGGCACCCCGGUGUCCAUGGGCCAGCAUCUCUGGAAGUAGCCGCUUAAUUUCGUGCCAUUUAAAUAAAAAUUCAAUUAAACCGAUGCCGUUGGCUGUUCCGUGUGAAGUGGUUUUGGUUGCCCCGCAGGCGAAACGAAGGCUUGACAGACGGGACCAUUAUUAACGUUGUCUGCUGGGUCAGAAGUUGUUACGCUAGAUACUCUAAAUGGCAACCGACGCGUCAAGGUUUCGUUUCGGACUUGAAAUUAGGCAACUCCAAUUCUCAACACAUAUUGUACACGUAUAAGUAACAGCAGUUAGCCUGAAGCGAUCGGAGAUAUAGUUACCUUGUUAUUUAGAAGUAGGCAAGCAAAAGGAAUGCUAUCGUGGAAGCGAAUUUAAAGUUUGCACGAGCUAGGUAAUUAUUAUCAGAAACACUCACAAUUUAACUAAUUGUAAACAUUUGAGAAAUAUUUUAAUUAAACUUGCAUGUUCAAUUACCAUUCAGCACUUAAAAAUUUGACUAUUUAUUGUAACGUUAUGUUGAUCCAAUUAAUUUCUCAGUAUGAUGAAAAAACACUAACAAAUAUGCUUGUGUUGAUUGAUCUUAAUGGUAAUAAUAGUCAUGAGUUGUUGCACACUGUUUACACUUACACCAGCCUAAACAA